UCCUUGAUUCGUAAUCCUCCGUGAAGCUGCCUGCCUACUUUCGCCGUCCUUCGCCCUAUAAAUACUCCGCCGAGAAGCCUCGUCGGAAACGCUUUCGUCAAGUUAGGGCUUCGUAAUUCCGUCGAUCGGUCGAUGGGCGAUCGGAGCAGCGGCGAAGGAUGGCCCGCCGACGCGUGGCGGCCGCCUCGCCCCCACCGGCGGUCGGCCGACGGGCACCCGGUCCCGCUCUGGGAGAGGCGGUUCUGUAGCGAGGCGUGCGGCAUCCCGUGGGAGCGGCUGUGCGCGAUCCAGCGGUGGAUAACCGGCGACACGCAGGAGCGCGUGAUGCGGUGGGACGACUCCGCCGCGGCGGAGGCCCUCCGUGACUCCAAGGCCAGGUACUGCGCCCGCUACCACGGGCGCCCCUGCGGCAUCCCCCUCCCUGACCCGGACAUGUACAUCGACGAGGUCGACCACGACGCCAUCGUCGAUCCGGAGCUGAUCGCCGACCUGGAGAAGCCGCCACCGCAGUACAGCGAACCGGAUGACGCCGCCGCUCCAUUGACUACGGGCGAUAGGGUUCUUCUUGAAGACAUCCGGCCGACCGGGUGGGACGAGGUGCCCGAGCCUAAUCCCUUGAACUGCGGUAGAGUUGUCGACGCAUGGGAUCACUCGACCGGGUGGAACGAAGUGCCCGAGCCAAAUCGUUUGAACCGUGAUGGAUCUGCCGAUGCGUGGAAUCAAGGUGAUCCCUGGAGUAGUGGUGGCGGAAGGUCCGAUUUUGUUGCUGAAGACAACAGGAGAAAUGCUCAAUGGGGAACCUGGGAAAACAAGAACAGGAUUUCUGAUCAUGGUAGACGAAAUGGAAGAAAAAGGGAUGGAGGGGGUCGCUGGGGGCCAAGACACAUCAGACCCAAAUACCAAACCAGCCAUUACCAAUCGAACAAUGAGCCUUGGGGAAAUUGCAGAGGAGGUGGAAGGAAUUGGACAGGAAAGCAACGGUAUCAGGAGCACUAUCCAUGAAACAUAUGUUCUUGAUUAUAGGUGAUACAGUGCUGCUGUUUUUGUUUGAAACAGUAGAUACAUUGGCAGAGUUUUUUUUUUUUUCUUUCACUGUUGUAAUGUCUUGCUUUCUUAGUCUUGUUUGAGUCCAAUAAUAGGCUAAUACUCUUAUGGAA